GCCUCUGCUGCCGUCAAUGGAUCGGCGAGCAAAGGCUAUGGGACGCCUGGCGCCGGCCUUCCCACAAACGUCGCGUUGCAGAUCCAAGCCCUUCUGGGCCAGGCCGCCGCCCCGGCUCUGGUGCCCACGCCUCCCCUGGAGCCACCGAGGCUCCUUGACUACAAGGGCGGUGAGCUGCAGCUGCUACGGCCGAAGGAGGUCGAGCUGUUGAACUCCCAGGGGUUUCUCUUCAUGGACCGAUUUCUGCAAGAACGGUGCUACGGCCCCUUCUUCCGCCAACGCCAGAUAGAUCCGGCGGAGGCUUUGCGCGCCGUACGCCGAGGCUUGGCAAGGGCACGGCUCCGGCCGGCACGCUUGGGGCGCGGCGAAAGCGUCUGGAGCAGCUCAGCCGUUCGCGGCGACGAGAUGACAUGGCUCAGCUCACCAAAGACAGCCGAUGUGACAGGACUGUGGCGCCACGGGCAGCGAGCGCUUCAGCGACGCUCCGACGGGAGCCAGGUGCCUGGCAGCAAAGGCUCUGGGGAUGUGGUAAAGGCAGCCACAGGUGCCCCUUCGGCCACUGAGUACGAUUCACUCACAGCAAACCUGCAGUCUAUGUUCGCAGAGAAGGAGACUCCAGCUGACAAGAGGGGCGACUUCUACGCAAGCGGCGAAGAUGCGGUGCUGGCUGCAGAUGAGCAAGACCCGGAGUGCUACGAG